UAUGUAUCUUUGUGUAGUCUACUUGUGUGGCAUGCCAACUUAUAUUAAAAUUAAGCAGCCAAAACUGUAAGAAUUGCUUACACACAAACAGACAAAUAGAAAGAUGACAUAUACUCUUCUAUUUUCUGACCUGUAGAACAAAAAUCACACGAACUUUAUAAAACAAGUAUAAAUGCACUUGUAGAAAGUAAAUUCCUCUCUGGACCUGGAAGUAUAAACACCUGACAGGUAGAUAACACAGGUUUAUCACGCGAUCAGAGUACAUAACAGAUAGACUUCAGUUGGAGUUUGAUCAAAAGGGUGGACACCAUUACUAAAGUCAGUUACAAAAUACAAUGGACCCCCGUACCAGUGCCCAGGAUGUGAUGCGAUGUGACCUGUGUGAGACCGCUGUGAUACAGAUGCACUGUGAUACAUGUCUUGUCAACCUGUGUAAAGCCUGCGUGGGAGAACACAUCUCAACAGGUGAAUCUAAAGAUCACAAGGUUGUCAAAUUUCACGACAGGCAAUGCACUCCCCUCUACCCUAGAUGUACAACUCAUGCCAAAGAACGAUGUGAAAUGUACUGUAAACAAUGUGACAUUCCUGUCUGUCCUAGCUGUCUUGCAUCCAAACAACAUUUAGGUCAUGAAUUAUCUAAAGUCUUUCAAGUUCUCGAGGAAAAGAAGGAUAUUAUUGUAAAGGAAAGAAAUGAAUUAAUUGACACAAUUUAUCCAACUUACCAGGACAUUGCCUCUAAUGUACAAAAUAGAAUGAGUCAGUUAGAAAAGGAAUAUGGAGAUCUCUCAACAGCCAUAAUAAAACAUGAAGAGGACUGGCACAGAGAAAUUGACAAACUUGUCAAGAAAAUUAAAGCUGAAGUUGAUGAGAUGAAAAACACACAGUUACAAACUUUACAGAAACAACUGAAUGAAAUAAACAAGACAAUGUCUGACAUCACAGAAGAAAUUAAUUCAAUUGAAACUGCAAUAGACACCAAUGACUUGUCAAAACUAUUUAGUGUCAAGUCUAAUGUAUCUAGAUACAUAAAUCUUCCACACAAAAUGAUACCACUGUUACCCAAAUUCAUUCCAGAAAAAAUUCAUUGGGAAGAACUAAGUAAAAUAUUUGGAGCUUUUUCAUCAGAUUCUUUAAAAACAGAUGAACAUGGCUACAGCAUGAAGACAACACAGAAAUCACCAGAAGCUGGAUCCUAUCCUCCAGUCAAACAGCUGCUUGAUGGACCAGAGACUGUCACCACCAUAGACACUGGGUAUAGAGAUAACCUUUACAAUGUGGUCUGUCUGAGUGAUGAAGAAAUCUGGACAAAUGGAUAUGACAGCACCAUGAAACUCUUCAGCAUCAAUCAGGGAUCACUACUCAAGUCAAUCACAACCAAGUCAUGGAAAAUACCAUUUGACAUAGCAGUGACAAAAAGUGGAGAUCUAGUUUAUACUGAUACAAGUGAUAGAACUGUGAACAUUGUGAAGAAUGAGAAGAUAGAGAAGGUUAUCCGAAUACAGAACUGGAGACCUCGCAGUGUCUGUAGUACAUCCUCUGGUGACCUCCUGGUUAUCAUGGACAGUGAUGAUUACAAACAAGCAAAAGUUGUCCGUUAGACUGGCUCAACAAAGAAACAGUCCAUUCAGUUUGAUGAUAAAGGUAGACCUCUCUAUUCCUUUGAUAGUUAUAGAGAGUAUAUAACAGAGAACAAAAACCUGGAUAUCUGUGUGUCCGACAGUGGAGCUAAAGCAGUAGUAGUGGUCAAUCAGGCCGGGAAACUGAGAUUCAGGUAGAAUGGACAUUCUCCUGCUCUACAGAACAAACUAUUCAAACCACUAGGAAUCACCACAGACAGUCAGAAUUGCAUCCUUACAGCUGAUGUUAACAAUGACUGUGUCCACAUCAUAGACCAAGAUGGACAGUUCCUCCGUUAUAUAGACUGUGGACUGAGUUAUCCCUGGGGACUGUGUACAGAUACAAAUGACAAUCUGUUUGUUGCGCAAUUGUUGAACAUACAAGUAAAGAAAAUCAAAUAUCUGCAAUGAAUCUAUGACCAUUAUUACAAUAAAACAUGACAAUGAUUUAUCAUAUAAAACUUAUCGUAAUGAUUCACUCUUAAACUGUUUCCAUGGUUUCCCACAAAAGAAACAGUUGUGUGCAUUGUAUAAAGCAGUGGAGAGUUGAAGCUCUGUAAUGCUCUUUAAUUAAAAACUCUGUAUUAUUACUGUGCAAGUAAAGAGAAAUUCAUGUAAUAUAACAAAUGAAUAAACCUACCUUCUUCAGUCUACGCUGAAUUCUUAUUUUCACCCUUUCCAUGAUAAAAUGAAAUUUGAAAUUUAGAGUAGAUGCGUCUUUGUGUGACAUGUAUGUUUCAAAUGUAUAAAAGUCUAAGAAAGUGAAAAUAAUAAUGAGUGGAGUGCAACAGAAACAAAAUAUUGUGUUGAUAAUUAUGUUUUCCAAAAUAAGUGAUCAAUUCCACAAAAUACUUCCAUGCUUAAGCUGCUUGAAAUAGUUACAAUCACUCCCGAGCAUUUAACAAUAAAAAAAAUUCUCCAGACGGUUAAUG